AUAGCCACAAUCCAAUUGCUCAAGUAACAAAGCGGAUAAGUGAGAUCGAAAAUGCAAAGAAAGGCAUCAACAAGCCUCAAGAGACAAGGUCAUGUUUUUAUAUAUCAACCAAAGAUAAAGACCACUGCUUUAUGCUUCACAAUGAAAAUUUUGCAUUUGUGAAGGAAAAAAGGCAAGAUGGAACUUUGGUAUGUGAUGUGCUGAGCCAAAAGGACACAAGAGACUUUUUUAAGAAGCCAUGUGAGUCAAGGCUAUUGAAUAUAGUCUAUGUUCAAAGAAAACGGACAAAGACAAAGUUAUUGCAAACCAAAGACCUUUACCGGAAAGUUGUUUGUCUCCCUUGUGAACAAGGGCAUGUCCUUUUUCCUCUCCUCCAUGGAAUGGAGCACAGGAAAUGAACAUAAAUAACGCAAUGGUAUACGCACGGGCUGUUUGGGUGGAGAAUGGGAAGCAGAUGGAAGGAGUUUUGCCAUUGAACUGGAUUGACACAGAGACCAAAGUGGUGCGAUGGCCUCUAAAAAACGUGUCUGUGGCACAUAAGCACCUUUUACAACCAGAAGAGGACUGGUUAAGCUUUGAAUUUGUAAAAGUCAAAGUGACAUCAGUAAGCCGACAGGAGUGUGAAAAAUAUAAUUACACCUCAGCUCAAACCGAAGAGGAGGACACAGUCAGUCAAAAGAGAAUGAAGAAAAGAAGGAAAUUUGAAGAUUAUGUUCAAGGGUCAGAUUUGUCUCCUGAGGAGGAUGAGUCAUUGCCAGACAAGAAAAAGGAGGAUACAGUGUUGCUUCCGGUUCCUCCGCCAAAAAUUAAGGGACAAAAUGCAAUGCUGCUCGAGUUACCUGCACCCCCAGAACUGGCUAACACCACCAUUAGACAACCAGAGAGUCCUGCAUCUUCAGACAUUUCUGGAUGUUCUUGUCCAACGCAUCACCGUUCGCCCACAAGGUCUGAAUCAUUAGAAGCAUUUAGUCCAGAGUCAGACAGGUCUAGGCGUUCUCGCACACCUCAGCGUGGAGUUCAAAAGCAAUCACAGUUCGGGAGCAGAAAAGGUCGGGCAUCCUCAUCCAGAUCUAUAGGGUCUCGCACACCUCAGCGUGGAGUUCGAAAGCAAUCACAGUCCGGGAGCAGAAAGAGUCGGGAGUCCUCAUCCAGAUCUAGGCGUUCUCGCACACCUCAGCGUGGAGUUCGAGAGCAAUCACAGUCCGGGAGCAGAAAAGGUCGGGCAUCCUCAUCCAGAUCUAGGCGUUCUCGCACACCUCAGCAUGGAGUUCAGAUGCCAUCAGAGUCCGAGAGAGGCUUAUUCCCCAUGUCUCAAGCUAAAUACCAGAAGUCAGUGCUUGGAAAGCUUGUAGAAAUUCUUGAUGAGAUAAAAAGAGUCGGAAGGCACUAUGAGCCACUGAAUUCUGCUGUCCAUGUUGCUAGGCUAGAAACCUUUGAAGAUUUUGCAGAAGAAGAGGCACGUCUCAAGGAACGCAACCUCUGGGAACAAAGGGUGUCCCAGCUCUCAAAGGUGGGAGGGAGGAAUAACAAAGACUGCGUCCAUAAAGUAAUGGACAGGCUUUUCACCAACAGCCUAAUGGCUGCUUUCAACAUGAAGGGGCGGGGUCGCAGUGAGAAAAAAGCCUUCCAGGAUACCGUUCAUUACUCUGUGGUAAAAGCCGCAGUAAUGAAGUGGAGUAAAACAGCCACAGAAGUGGAAAUCAGGGCUGCCAUGGCUGAGACACUUAAACAUGCUCCAGGGAGAGCUGGAGGUGGAGGUCGCAAAGUUUGAACUUUUAGUGUACAUUUUCUUUCUUAGAGUUGUUUUGUUGACUCUUGGAAAGUGAACUGUGUUGGUUACUGGACCCCGACCUAUGUUUACUGGACUGACUCUUAUGUGAAAUAUCUGUGUUGGUUACUGGACCGACCUAUGUUAAUUGCACUACUCUAAUGUGAAAUCUGUGUUGGUUACCGACUGUUUGCACUAUUUAAAAUGUGCUGUUUUAAUUAAUAAAGUGAUUAUAUGCUAACCCUUUAAA